CGGGUCCGCGGGAGUGCCGCCUUGGCCCUCGCCUUGACCGCCCGGAGCCUCCGAGGACAGUCGUUACCCCCCCCCACCGCGACCCCCGACCCGAGGGUCGGCCGGCAGCCAGUGCUCCUCGCCCCGCGGGGCCGGGGUCCCCGUCCCGCCUCCGGCCCAGAGACCCCCGGCCGCCUGCCUGCCUGCCUGCGAGGGGCCCGAGAAUGAGGGCGCUGCGGAAGCACCUGGAGGCCCUGAGCGUCUUCCAGUGGGUGCUGACCUUCCUCUUCUUUGGGCUCUUCUUCACCACGCUCCUCCUCUACCUGCUGUCCACCGCCUGCUGGCCCUUGGCCGCCCUCUACUUCGCCUGGUGGAUUUCCGACUGGCAGACCCCCGAGAGAGGCGGUCGCCGGAGCGAGUGGAUGCGGCGCUGGAGGAUCUGGGAGCUGCACAGGGAUUACUUUCCCAUCAAGCUGGUGAAGACGGCAGAGCUGCCCCCCACGCGCAACUACGUCCUGGGCUCCCACCCGCACGGCAUCAUCUGCGCCGGCGCCUUCUCUGCCUUCUGCACCGAGGCCACCGGCUUCUCCCGAACCUUCCCGGGCCUCCAGCCUCGCCUGGCGCUGCUCGCUGGACUCUUCCGCCUCCCGGUCUACCGAGACUACAUGAUGAGCUCAGGGAUGAUUCCAGUCAGCAAGCGGUCGCUGGACUUCGUGCUGCGGGGGGGUCCCGGCCAAGCGGUGGUCAUCGUGGUGGGCGGGGCCUCGGAGUCGCUGGACUGCGCCCCCGGCGAGCAACGCGUCCGCCUCCGCGGCCGGAGGGGCUUCGUGCGCCUGGCGCUGCAACAUGGGGCCGACCUGGUGCCGGUGUACUCCUUCGGCGAGAACGACAUCUUCCGGCAGGUGCGGUUCCCGGAGGGCAGCUGCGCCCGCCGCCUCCAGCUCCGCUUCAAGCAGCUGACCGGCUUCGCCCCCUGCCUCUUCGGGGGCCGCGACCUCUUCUGCAGCCGCCUCUGGGGGAUCCUGCCCCUCGCCGCCCCCAUCACUGUCGUCGUGGGAAAGCCGAUCCCGGUCCCCCGACGCCCGAGCCCCACGGAAGAGGAGGUGGCCCACUUCCACGCGCUCUACGUCCAGGCCCUCCGGGAGCUCUUCGAGGCCCACAAGGGCAGCUGCGGACUUCGGGACUCGGAGCAGCUCGUCGUCGCCUAGCGCGCGCCCCCGACCCUAAUAAACAGCCCACGCUUGA